CCAUGCAAAAAUCAGUGGUAACUCACAAAGUACCAUUCUCUCUAUAAAACCACAAAAGCCAAUAUAUAGUACCUACCCAAAAUAAUUUAUUUCAUAAAAAAAAAAAUGGACUCUUUGAUUUUGCAAGAGACCCAUCAAGAAAAUUUUGAAAUUCAAAACAAGGGUAUAGUUGAAAAGCUAUACAAAGCACUUUUGGGGCAAGGAACAAUGGAAAUGGUAUCAAAAUUGCUAGCAAGUGAUCUUGAGUAUUGGUUCCAUGGUCCACCAAAGUGUCAACACAUGAUGAAGGUGUUAACAGGGGAAAUAGAUCACAAAAAAGGGUUUAAAUUUGAGCCAAGAAGUGUUACUUCAAUUUGUGAGUGUGUUAUAAUUGAAGGUUGGGAAGGACAAGCUUAUUGGGUUCAUGUUUGGACAUUGAAAAAUGGGUUAAUUACACAAUUUAGAGAGUAUUUUAAUACAUGGCUUGUGGUGAGAGAUUUGAGGCCACCAAGAUGGGAAGAUCAUAAGCAUCAUGAUCAUAGUAUGACAUUGUGGAGGAGUCAACCUCGUGAUCUUUAUCGUCGUUCACUUCCUGGUCUUGUGUUAGCUAUUUAAAAAACAACACAACUCAUUGUUGUGCUUAAUUUUAUUUGCUAUGUUAAUGUUUUGUACAAUGUAUCAUGAAUUUGGUCCUAUGAAUUAAAGCAUCAUUUUCAAAUUAUUAGCAAAGUUUUUGUUUAUCAUGUGUAUUUGGCUUGUGGAUGGAUAUUAUGGUCAAUUGUUAAGGAACAAGUUGAAAUUGAAAAAUGAUGAAAGCUUAAAGUAGCA